AUGAGUUGUAUCUCAAAUUCAACAAAUACUUCUUCAUCUCAACAAACAUCUACAAAUGAUCAUAAUCAAGAAUCAUCAAAAGUAUUAAAUGGUUAUUUAAAAGAUCAUUUUAAUGUAUCAUUUGUUGAUUGUAAAUGUUGUUGUGAUGCAAGUAAAGAAAUUUCAAAAUGUCAAAAUGAUUCAUUAGAAUUUCUACGUGAUAUUCAAGAAUAUAUUAAUUUGCCUGAAUAUCGUCUUAAUUGUCGAUGUAUUUGUGGUGAUAAUGAACAAAAUAAUACACCGAUUAAAUUUGGAAUUAAUUUAACACCAGCUAAUGACUUAAAAUAA